AACACUUUGCAUAUGCAGAAUUCUUUCUGUAUCAUCACUGCAUGCUAUAUAUGGUCGAGUUAAGCUGAUGAUCCCACAUUCUAUACAUUGGAUUGAACUAGUUCUGUAGAUAUCUCUAGUCCUGUGCUAUAUCUCUUCUGCAAUGGCGAGUAAUGGCAGCAGCAGCGAGUAUGUUCCCAAGAACAUACUCAUCACAGGGGCAGCAGGUUUCAUAGCCUCCCAUGUGGCUAACAGGCUUGUGAAAAAGUACCCACAAUACAAGAUUGUGGUAUUGGACAAGCUGGACUACUGCUCCAAUCUGAAGAACCUGAAACCAUCCAGUCCAUCCCUUAAUUUCAAGUUUGUGAAAGGAGACAUUGGGAGUGCAGAUCUGGUGAAUUAUCUUCUCAUUACAGAGAAAAUUGACACCAUCAUGCACUUUGCAGCUCAGACCCAUGUGGACAAUUCAUUUGGCAACAGUUUUGAGUUCACCAAGAACAACAUCUAUGGGACUCAUGUCCUUCUAGAGGCAUGCAAGGUCACUGGGCAGAUUACAAGAUUCAUUCAUGUGAGUACUGAUGAAGUGUAUGGUGAAACAGAAAAGGAUGCCAUUGAGGGCAAUCAUGAGGCUUCUCAGCUUUUGCCCACAAAUCCUUACUCUGCAACUAAGGCAGGUGCUGAGAUGCUGGUCAUGGCCUAUGGGAGAUCCUAUGGCUUGCCUGUGAUUACUACAAGAGGGAAUAAUGUUUAUGGCCCCAAUCAAUUCCCAGAGAAGCUCAUACCCAAAUUCAUUCUUCUCGCAAUGCAAGGUAAGUCACUUCCUAUCCAUGGUGAUGGAUCCAAUGUGAGAAGUUAUUUAUACUGUGAGGAUGUAGCUGAGGCAUUUGAGGUUGUUUUGCACAAGGGUGAAGUUGGGCAUGUUUAUAACAUUGGUACUCAGAAAGAAAGGAGGGUUAUAGAUGUAGCUAAGGAUAUCUGUAAGCUCUUUUCAUUGGAUCCACAGAAGGUUAUUAAGUUUGUAGACAAUAGGCCUUUCAAUGACCAGAGGUAUUAUUUGGAUGAUAAAAAGCUCAAGGAUCUGGGGUGGUGUGAGAGAACCAAAUGGGAAGAAGGGCUGCAGAAAACAAUGGAGUGGUAUGUUAGCAACCCAGAUUGGUGGGGUGAUGUUUCUGGAGCUCUUUUGCCUCAUCCAAGAAUGCUUACAAUGGCAGGGGAUGAAAAAUAUGCAGCUGGACAUGAUGGGGUUGAAAUGGUUGUCAACAAUGCUGUUAAGGAAAAUUGUUGAAUAAAAAGAGUGCCAGUCUUAUGAAUAAAAGAAGGGAAAAAACUUAGUCUAAUUUUGUUCUUAGUAUAGUCCAGUUAAGUUUUCAGUUCAGUGCAAUCCAGUUGGGAAAUAAGGAUCUGCUUAUUAUAAUAUAAUAAGGAGCCACUGGAUAGGAAACAAAGCUCAAUGUUUUAGAAGAUUUCAUCAUUUCUAGUAGACAUCUCAUUUCUCCUUGUUGUAAUGUGACCACGUGGAGUUCCAUUGAAUGAAGAUAAGAAAUGAAUCUUCAUUACUCUAAUGUGACCACAUGGAGUUCAUUGAAUGAAAAUAAGAAAUGAAUUUUCAUAUUC